UUUUUUGUGCUGUCCUUCAGUAAUGAUGGUGAUAGAUAAAUAGAAAUAAAUUUUCUUAUUUGAAUAACAAAAUUAGUUGUUAAUGUGAAUUUCGUGUUGGAUUAAAAUAUUGCUGGUUUUUGUCCAGGAUAUUCGCCAACUAAACACAUUCUCUAAAAAUAAGGGUUUUUUUUAGCAAAGUAAAUUCUCAAUUUUACUUAAUUUCAUAGUUAUUUUGGAAAUUUUGUUGUUAAAAUCAACUAAUUUAAAAACAGUAAUACGAAUUAGGCGCAGAACUAAUUUCGGUCGUUCCGUGGACUAAAUGCUAAAUGACCGCCGACGGGAGUGAUAUGGUUUGUGCGGUUUCUCGAAUCGAAAGUGAAUAAUACUAAGCUCCACCCGCUGGGUAGUAGCAUUUUGAUUCGCAGUGAUUUGGUGCAUCAUUGUGUUGCAAAGGUAGAAAGAAUAAAUACCGAGUGAAGUGUUUGUUUAUCUUUGCAAGUCAAAUACAAGUUGUCAGAAGUGCUAGUAGUGGUAGUAGAAGUAGUAGAAGUAAUAGUUCUUUUUGUGUGACUUUGAAUAAUGUGAGAGAGCGGGUUGAGGCUUACUCCUUAGCACAGAGGAAAAAUUGUUCAGAAGAGGAAAUAUUUCCUUCCUGAAUUUCGACAGCCAUCCUGACUGUGUGUUGGUCUGGUGAACUGCCACCCACCUACCGCCUUCGGAAAGACGUCACCUACUUCUGAUAGGCAGAACCGUGAAUUUGACAAAGGGAAACCAUACUGGGUUGGCAGGCAGCGGAGUCAACGACAGCCGAAAUAACUUCCACACAAUCCGCACAUCCGGUUGGCAUCGAGCUUUUUGAUUUUAAAACGAAGUACAUUCCCCAUUUCUCAAUUGGGGGAGUGUGGCGAGCUCGAGUAGGAUGUGUGGAACACCAGGAGAAAACGAAACCGGAAGCUCAACAGCAAUAGGAAAUAAGCGGUCGUAGACCAGUGGUCCCAUAGUUUUCAAGAUAAGAAGAAGAAAAGACGUAGUCGGGUAAAAAUCAAGUGAAGAUAGUUGGUGGGUUUUCGGAUGUGAGGAACUCACAUUCCUGUUUCACUUGCUUCUAUCGGAAAUUGUUUAUUGUUUCAGUGUGUGUUCAGUGCUACGAGUAGUCUGGAUGCUAAAUGAUUACGAAGCGCAAUUAAGUUUCUUCGGCAGAAGAAAAAAGUGAUUUUAUGGUUUCAUGCUUUGGUAAUCUGAGGAAGAUGAAAGAGUUUCUCUCUUUCCUGUUAGCUUAAUUGGUUUGCGCUGCUGUCAUAGGAUGUAUAUGUGUUGUAAUGGUUUUUUGCAGUAUCUACAGUGAAUAGAAGAACAUAAUGAAUAAAGUGAUAAAAGUAAUGUUUAACUUCGUAAGUAAUUCAUCAGAAAAGCACGCAACUGUAACCGGUGAAAAUUCCCAAAUAGAAGAAGCAUUCGCGUUCGCAAUAUGGUAAAGUGUAAAUCUGUAAAACUGUAAAAAGUGCGGUUAGCAAGCGAGGGGCUAUUUGAAUGUGGCUCAAUGGUUUGUGCUGUGGUGGUCUCUGCGGAGUCGGAGACGUACUGAAAAAGAAUCCGCACUACGAACCGGCAGACCGGCAGGCGUUCCCGGAACAGGAGGAAUUGAACGGAACUGGUUCUCCACUGCCGGACGACAGUGUCCCGGAGUCGACGGUGGCCAAGUUCAGUCGCGAAAGUUCGGUGCAGCGCGGACCGACUACCAUCCGGUGCUCGCAUGUCGUUAUGGGUUGCACUCCCAGUAUUCUGUCCAGUAACAGUGGCAGCGGGGGCAGUAGCAGCAAUCAGCAGCAGCAGCAUCAGCAGCAACGUAAGGACAGUAGUGGUCUGUACGAGUCCGCCAAUGCAUCCGCCGGGACUGGCAGCGAAAGUAACGGGGCCAACAAUAGCAAACGGACCACGUUGACGCUGAACCAGACUCAGAUGUUCGGCUCGGGAUCCGCUUUUCUGCGGAAGGAUCUUGGCGGCGGAACAGGAGAUAAGGAAUGCAUUAAAAAGGACUCGAUCGUGUCAAUUUCCGGCUUGGGCCACGUUUCCGUCAUCUCCAACGUGCUGCGUAGACCCACCGUUCCAAGUGGCACAUCAAGCAGCUCUGGAAGAUACGGUCAUCGACAAUCGUCAUUAGCUUUAACCCCGGAGGAGGAACCUCUUGACUCAUAUCCCAGAUCGGAUAUAAAAUUUCCCAACCUGUUGCCGCCCAACCCAACGAUUAAGAUUUUGAUAGCAUUUUGCAAAAAUGAUCCCGUCUUCGAAGCGCUGGUCACUGCGAGCCAUCGGCUUAACUUCGAGCCCACCUUUGUCAAAUCGUCCGACGCCGCCCUCGAAGCGUUCCAGGAUGCAACCAACGGCGGUCAUCACAUCGUGGUGGUGGAUGCUCGGCAUUCGAGGAUUAUCGAAGCGGACGCCCUUGGCAGAUCCAUUCGUAACUCGAAAGGAAGUCAGCACACCACAAUGGUAGCAGUAGUAAAGAAAAGUGUAUUCGAGAAGGAUGACACGGCUGUGAUCUCGCUGCUGGAUGUUGGUUUCAAUCGGUGCAUAAUCGAAUCACCGCAUGUAUCCAUCUGCUCUUCGGAAUUGCGCCAAAUUCAGCACUCGCUGGUCCGACCGCAACAUGUGAUAUCAACCCAACAGGCUCUGUAUACGGCGCUGCACCGCUCACGGGAGGCAAUCAUCAUCACCGACGACUCACUCCGGACCCAGUAUGCGAACCGAGCUAGCGAAAGAGUUCUGAACAUGAAAAUAGAUGAAAUUGUCGGAAGAUCUCUCAGUGACAUGGUGACGGCCGAUAUUAGUAACAUUUUAUCUCAAACCAGUAGACAUAAGGAUUAUGAAGGUUUCAUCAGCACCCGGCGAAAAUCGCAGGAAACACUGCAUCUCCACGUUCGCGCCGUACCUGUCCCAUGCAUCGGAAGGAGUCCCACCCAUUUGGUUCUAAUCUUGGAAUUGCCUGCCGCGGGCACUACGCUGACGACACUGGCAACGGACGCACUGCAAACGCUACCGCAAGGCAAGGAGAUGGCUCGGGGUUCCCUGCACUCGAUCCGUCGGGGCAGCUUCGAUGUUCGAUCUAUUGCUUCCGAUGGUUUACGCCGUACCAGUUUGGCCAAAUUAUCUCAGCUUCCGCUAGAGGCACCCAUUACCAAGGUUCUUAGUUUGCUGUCGCAGGUUCAGGAAAGCUGCUCCCAGGAGGAGGUCAAGCUGCUGGAUCGCGUCAUGGAGUUUCUCAAACGCGAAGGUCUGUACAGUCCCCAGAUGAAGGAAAUGCGAACCGAUGACCCGGUAGCGACGGAUUUGAUAGGAGCUUUGCUGACGCAAGGACCGACUAAUAUUAUGUCGUCACGGCGAAGCUCGAACGAUUCCAUCAUUCGAGGCGGAGGACGCCCGUCCACCGGAAGUAUCGUCUUCACUAAAACCCGCGAUUCUUCGCAACUAUCUGAUCUGCUGAACAAUGCACUGGCAUGGGACUUUGAAAUUUUCAAGCUUGAGGAACUCACCGAGAAACGACCACUUGUUUGUUUAGGUCUUGAACUUUUCCGAAGAUUCGACGUGUACAAUACCUUCAGUUGUGAUGAAAUGACAUUCAAACUGUGGUUAAUCAAGAUGGAAGAGUAUUACAAGUCGGAAAAUACAUAUCACAACAGCACCCAUGCAGCAGACGUGAUGCAGGCCACAGCAUGCUACCUGCAACAGUUGGCAACCCGCGAACUGAAAGUGAUGGAUCGGAUGGACGAAGCCACCGCCCUGAUCGCGGCAGCAACCCAUGACAUUGAACAUCCCGGCCGCUCGUCGGCAUUCCUGUGUAACUCGGACCACGAGUUGGCCUUGCUGUAUAACGACAUCUGCGUGCUGGAGUCGCAUCACGCGGCAACCACCUUCAAAUUGACCCUGAGUGACGACAAGAUCAACAUUUUCAAGCAUCUCGAUCGGGAAAUGUACAAACUGGCCCGAUCGAUCAUCGUCGAUAUGAUCCUGGCGACGGAGAUGACCCGGCACUUUGAACAUCUGGCUAAGUUCGUGAGUGUGUUCGGUACCGAUGUGGACGGUAAGGAACCUUCGCACGACAACGAUGACAAUCAGAUUCUGGUGCGAAGGAUGCUGAUCAAAUGUGCGGACGUGAGCAAUCCGACCCGACCUUUGAAGUUCUGCGUCGAGUGGGCCCGUCGAAUAGCGGAGGAAUACUUCACUCAGACGGACGAGGAGAAGCGAAGGAAUCUGCCGAUUGUAAUGCCGAUGUUUGACCGGACGACCUGCAGCAUAUCCAAGAGUCAGAUCGGGUUUAUCGAAUAUAUUAUUCACGACAUGAUGGAUGCAUGGAACAGUUUCAUCGAAAUGCCGGAAAUCGUUCGGUACAUGGAGCACAAUUACUCGAAGUGGAAGCUGUUCGAGGAGCAGGGCAUUAAUACCCUGCACGACAUCAAGCGAAUGCAGCUCACAUUAACCAACGAGGCGGCCGGUUCGUCCUCGGCGGCAGACGACCUUCAGUGAGGGGUGGUACAGUCCCAAAGCCCCUGAAAUAGACCUUCAAUUAAGUAUCAUAUGUAUUGUAUAUUUGGUAGGCGCUUACCAGUUCUCUUCCCGAUGCGUCGAGCAAUCGCGCUAAAAUUUAGUCUCUUUUUUUUACAUUAAAACGCGAUUAUCGUUGGCUGUUGGUUGCUCAAACACUGGUUUAUAUGUGAAUCUUCUGAUUUGCCCCAUUGGAAAACCUAUCACGGGACAUACUGAACAGGCUCAUUUUAGUUUUUCCACGUAAAUGCUAUAUAAGAUAUUCUUUUGUAGUGUAAACCAACAAAAGAAAAGUCUCAUGUGGGACGGGAUAUAAAUAGGUUAUUUUUCGUGCCGGAACCAACCAUUAAAAUUCAAAUUUUCCGAAGCUUAUCAUCUUAUUAUCGUUGCAAAAAAUAGCUCCCUAGUAGGGUGGGGACGAGUUCCACAGCUGGAAACACGAACGACAAUCUGCUACGCAUUUCCAACGCGUAAGGAUGAACGAUGAUAAACGAAUUUUUAACCGUUGUCAGCGGGGCAGGAGCUAGUCCAGCAUCAUUAGCGCUGGAGUUAGUUAGUAGAGGAAAACCCUGUUUGGAAGGGAUCUUUCAACUCGCACACUCCGAGAUCCGGUUUCAUUUCAUUGUUUGGCGCAACAUCUGCUGUAGCACCUGUUGGUUGGGUUGUUGAAUUUCAACCUUCGUAGACUUUAUGCUCACUUUUCAUGACCUAUUUUCCCGUAUAAGACUAGAAAGUUUGAACACGUUCCCGAAUGUUAUACGGCUACUGAAAAAUGCUACAUUGAAAACAUUGCAAUUUAAAAUAAUGUUUUUGUUAUUUUAUCUUAAAACAAAUCAUAUUUUGCUGGGACAUCGGACUAAAUUUAAAAAAUGACAUGAUUCAGUCUUUAAUUUCGAUGAUAAACAUCUUCUCUCGUGCCAUAAAAAUGUAUAACUGGAAAGCGGUAAAAUAAUAUUGAUCAUAAUACAGAUAAACCUGAAGGCAAUUUUGCCGAAGGCCAUUUUGCCGAAGACCAUUUUGCCAAAGGCCAUUUUGCCGAAGGUAAUUUGGCGGAAGGCCAUUUUGCCGAAGGCAUUUUGCCGAAAGCAAUUUUGCCGAAGGCUAUUUUGUCGAAGGCCAUUUUGCCGAAGGGCAUUUUUUCUGAAGGCCAUUUUUUCCGAAGGCCAUUUUUUCCGAAGGCCAUUUUUUCCGAAGGUCAUUUUUUCCGAAGGCCAUUUUGCCGAAGGGCAUUUUUUCUGAAGGCCAUUUUUUCCGAAGGCCAUUUUUUCCGAAGGCCAUUUUUUCCGAAAGCCACUUUUUCCGAAGGCCAUGUUUUCCGAAGGCCAUUUUUUCCGAAGGCCAUUUUUUCCGAAGACCAUUUUUUUCGAAGGCCAUUUUUUCCGAAAGCCAUUUUUUCCGAAGGCCACUUUUUCCGAAAGGCAUUUUGCCGAAGACAAUUUUGCCGAAGGCCAUUUUACCGAAGGGCGUUUUUCUCGAAAGCCAUUUUGCCGAAGGCCAUUUUGCCGAAGGCCAUUUUGCCGAAGGCCAUUUUGCCGAAGGCCAUUUUUUCCUAAGGCCAUGUUAAUGAAGAGCAUUUUUCCCGAAAGCCAUUUUACCGAAGGUCAUUUUGCCGAAGGCCAUUUUUUGUGUGUUUUCUUUUUUAUAAUUCGCUUGGUAAAGACAAUUGAGUUUUCUAAUGUUUCUUCGCCACAUAUUCGGAGAUGACGAGAUUAUCAUUACUGAUGAUACGAUUUCAGAAUUCACAUAAUUAAAAAAAAAUUAUCAACUAACAGUACUAAGUCCAAUUUGUUCUUAAAAGUAUUCGAAGUUCUUUUUUAUAAAUCAAUGCAUUUUUUUGUUAACCACAGAGUCACAUUUGAUUGAACUGAUAUAGUGUUUGUCAUCGAGCUUAGAUCAAUCUAAGCUUAGUAUUUAAUAUAAAACGUUAGAAAACAGAAGGAAGUUUUAACAAGCGAUUUAAAAUCGGCCCUUCAUUGAUAAUUCGGUAAUUUACACAAGAGUUUUUUUUUUGUUGCUGUCAUGUUCAUAUCAUUUUUCACAAUCCAUGCAGCACACAAUUGAUUUUGGAAUUACAUAUGCAAUUUUAAAGUUCGAUAUUAUCCCGUCGACCUUCCAGUAUCUGAAAACCAACAGCCAUAGUUGAGCAGGAAAGAAAAAACACAAAUUGAAUAAAAUGCCAUAACUAAGCAAACAAAUCGUCAUUGUCGAAAAGCAUAUUGUGUGUAGUUUAAUCGGAUAUUUAUGUCAAACAAAUAUAAACAGCAUCUACCUUGAAGUAACACUUAAAUGGUUUUAAAAUAUGAAAACAAUAAAGACUACAGCAAACCAUUCAAACACAAACGAAAAUGUUCAGCUGGUUCAAUGUUUGCAGGGUCAACACUGAUUUAUACUGUAGAAUCACAAAAUAAAAAAAAACAUGUACUAAGUGGCUUACUGUUCAGUUCGAUGAAGAGUACUGAAAACAUAAUAGUCGUGUAGAAAAGAUUUGACAAAUAUUACCCGGAUCCGUAAGUUUGUGUGAGACAAAAUUACAAUAUAUUCGUAUACAAUUACAUUAUCAUAAGAGUCAGACGAGCCAAAGCUGUCGGUCCCAGUUCUCUCCAAUCAACUAGUUAGGAACAUUUGUUUAAUUUUCUAUCGUCGUUCAAAUCUUGAUCACUCUACACUAACACGGUGGACUGGCAUCUACACUAGCUAAAAAAACUUAAUAUAUCUUACACAACUCCGUGAUUAUUGUCACCCUGGGUCGAACUACGAGCACAACCGAGUGGUUUGUCACAGUUGGUUGGUUCAUCUUUUAGGUAGGCAAAGGAGAUAGGUUUCUUCUCGGAUGCACUAUGAGAAUUAUCAACACGAACUACGCAACCCACAAGCUUAGACUAACGAUGACCUAUGGAUGAAUGUUCGAUUCUACUGUAAAAAAAACACUAUCUCUGAUAUGCUGGUCAUAUCAUUUUUACAAUAUACGUUACUAGCACCAUUGAAUGGGACUUGUCGUGGAGGAAGCUAUUUUAUCAAUCUACACAUACAUAACUAUACACUAACAAUGUUAACUGAUUGUAAGUCAUGUGCACGUGUGCGUACUGAAAAACCGUACUGAAAGAUAAAGGGAUAAGAGAAAGGUGGGGAAAGGGACAGAAGGAAUAUCGAAGAAACAGAAACAAUAUUCAUUUAACAAAUCAACUAUACAAACUACAACCAGACAUACAUAUACAAUAAGAAAGAAUCGUCGUAAACAUUAGAGCCUAAUAUUUAAAUUUUAUUUAAAUCAAUAUUAUCGCUAACUGGAAGAAAUUAAACUGAAAAUAUUGAAACAACAGACUAAAUCUGGAGUAAUCGUAAAUGUAAUACCUACCGAAUCUGAAAAAACAAAACAGUAAGUAAUUCGCUAAUGUAUAAUGAGAAAGAGAUAUCAUGUUUUAAUAUUUGAGCUGAAAUAAAACUGAUUGAUGAAUGGA